AUGUUUGUCAACACUGCUCCAUGCGGGGAUGCUCGUGUUUAUACACUCAAUGACGCCACUUUUACUAGAGCUAAAGAACCAGAAACCAACAGUCUUCUGCGAUACAAGGUUGAAAAUGGAAUGGGUACCGUUUUGGGCCGAUAUCCUGAGACACUUGUCCCGCAAACAAUUGACGGAGUUACAGGAGGAGAGCGUUUGCGCACGAUGUCGUGCAGUGACAAAAUGAUGCGUUGGAAUGUUUUGGGUGUACAGGGAGGAUUACUCUCCUUGUUUAUUGAGCCAAUUUAUCUGUCAUCCAUGGCAGUUGCUGACAAAUCUGAUACAAAACGUAUAGAAAGAGCCCUUUUCGAACGAAUUGACGGCUUCCAACCACCACUUCCUUUCCAUUUGAACAAACCUUUGAUCGCUAAAUGUCAAGAUGAGCCAAUCACUCGCGAAGCCACUACAGGUUCUCCUAUCUCAGUGAACUGGAAUAUCGCUGAUGAUUCAAUAGAGGUAUACGAAUCAUGA